AUGAACCACCGGAUGAGAAUCCCCUUCACGGCCCCGUUUGCAGCUCCGACGAUCCUGCCAGCCUCUGCCGCGACCGUCGCCGGCGCCAUCGACGCCCUCGCCGGCUUCCUCGCCGCGCCCUCGCCGCCGCUGCUCAGAGGCAUCGACCUCGGCCGCAACGAGCAGACAGUCCUCCUGACGGGCGCCGGCAUCUCAGUCGCCUCGGGCCUCUCAGACUACCGCGGCGAGAAAGGCACAUACCGUCGCAAGGCCGGCUACCGUCCCAUCUUCUUCCACGAGUUCACCACCCAGCAUGCGGCCCGGCAGCGCUACUGGGCGCGCAGCUUCAUCGGAUGGCCGACGAUGGGCCGCUCGCAGCCCAACAUCACCCACGACGCCAUCGGCCAGCUGGGCGCAAAGGGCUUCAUCAGCGCCGUCGUCACGCAGAAUGUCGACUCGCUGCACCGCCGGGCGCAUCCCAGGCUGCCCGUCGUCGAGCUGCACGGCGACCUGCGGUCCGUCGUCUGCGUCACUUGCGCCCACAGGAUACCCCGAGACCAGUUCCAGGAGACGCUGGCCGCGCUCAACCCGGCCUGGGCUGACUUCUUCCGCCAGCUCGCGCGCUCGGGGGCGCUGGAGACGGACGACGUCGAGCAGCAGCGGCAGCGCGGCCUGAAGCUGAACCCGGACGGCGACGUCGACCUGCCCGGCGCCCACUACUCGGACUUUCGAUACCCAGCCUGUCCCCGGUGUCUGGAGAGCCCGCUGCCGCUGCUGCGACGGCGACGACGACGGCCGGACGGGUCGGCGGCCAUCGUAGAGGCAGACGCAGACGGGGCGCUGGCGCCAGCGUCCAACGCGGGCAUCCUCAAGCCGGCCGUGGUCAUGUUCGGCCAGUCCGUCGACGAGGCCGGCAAGCUGCUCGUCCUGGGGAGCAGCCUGGCGACCUUCUCUGCGUGGCGCCUGGUCGAGCGCGCCGUCAACAGAGGCAUGGCCGUCGGCGUCCUCAACGUUGGCGGCUUCCGCAACGAAGACCUCCUCUUUGGCAGCGUCCAGCCUCGCGCCGGCGACCUCUCGAGGGUCAGAUGCAGCCAUCCGGCAGAGGAGGUCCUCCCUCACGUCGCCGCCAGGCUCUCAACGCUGUAGUUCUAUCUCUUUUCAUCGUCAAUGGGCCUCCUCCUAUAGAUAGCUUACGAUAAAUAUAGACAUCACACCCUGCUACUAUGUAAAGCUCGCAGUCUAAGAUACAAUCCUAAGCGCCCAAGUAGAUCCUCUCCUGCACCUGAACAAGCCGCUGGCUCGCUCGUGGACUGGCGGCGCU